UCUCCAAAAAAACUGAGUAACCUUAGUUUAGAUCUUGUUAGUGAAGAUGGCGAUAACAAGGAAGAAACCUAAUGGGUUUUUUCCUAACUCUCAGAUGUUUGCGAUGAUUGUUUGUCUUUCUGUAUGUGCAGAGAUGGCAAUCAUGGCAUCGGCGUGGAGGAAUAUAUGUAUUCCUGGGGAUGUAUACAUUGAUUUAGGCUCAGAAUAUCGGAAUCCAGUUUGCAAAGACUGUACAAAUUGGUGUAAAGAACAGUGUUCAAACUUGGGAACUUCCAUGGUUAGCGAGAGGUGCAAAAUAAAUGGCAAUACCCGACGUUGUAAGUGUUGCUGUAAAGGACCAACACCUACACCAUCACCCUCCACUACUAGAUCACCACCUGUUGCUCCUUCACCUCCUCUAGAUCCUGACGAUUUUACAGGCCCCGUCCCAUGGGAGUAUGAUAUAUGUAUGCCGGGACAAACUCGCCGAAAUAUUAAACGUCCGAAUGGAAAAGAUUGUAUGAACAAACCUGUAUGCGAGGAAGAAUGUAAGAAAGAAGGGAGGGUAGUUGCGAGGGUAGAGUGCGUAGCUUGUUGCGGAGAUCGAUGGUACAACCAGUGUUGCUGCGGAGAUCGUAUACCCUCACCCCCACCACCCUCGCCUCCUCCUCCACCUCCAUCUCCACCACCACCCUCGAGCAUUACCACCCUGCUACCAUCAUCAACUACAGAUCUUGAUUCAUCCUUAUUCGCGGCAACCCAGUGA